AUGGGAUCGAAGUUUGUGAGCAUCGAGAUUUUGAGAUGGGGCAACCGUAUGGACAUUCAGUCUGAACAACACUUAUCUAGAUUUGCCCACAAAUGUGUGAUCCAUCUGUCUACCUGUCCCCUACCCCCCAAUUCAUCCGAAAAACCAAAUCAGCCGAUAUCCUUUUGGCUAAAGAAACCUGGUGUUUGUCGCUACAGCCCUGUUACCGACCGCAAAUUCGCUCAAAUCUGUCCAACCGUCGAAGAACAAGAAUCCGAGCUCGAUGACAUUCCUCGAAAGAUGCAUAUAACUGAAGAAGCAAUUUCAACACGUUUCUCCACUAUGGACAUCUCCACGGAAAAACCUUCACCACCGCCAUCCGGCUUCCCAUCGUCCUUUUUGCCUCUCAAUAAUGGUCUCAAGGAACCAACUUUGGCGUGUUCACGACCUCAAGAAUCCCCCGUAGCCGCACUUGCCUCGACUGAAAACCUCGCAUUGACGCAAAGUUGGGACUCUGACGAGGAAUCUACUGAUGACACAAAGUAA